AAGGAAGUACACCUACGCAGUCUAUUACUGAAACGUAUUUCAAACAGUUUAUUUUGAUGGAGAAGGUGAUUAUAUAGCAUUAAUGGUGUAGUGUAUCUGUCGAAAGUUUAGUGUAAGCUUUCUAUACAUUAUUACAUCAUUUCCUUUCUGUUAGUUUUUAAUUAUUUUUUGCUUUAACAUUUUUUUAAAUUUUAUUUUAAUACAAUAUAAUUCAAAUACAAGAGAUCAAAAUAAUUGGUGAGGCAAAUGGUUCAAGACAUAGGUUAAUGAGAGUGUAGGGAGACAGUACAGAUAAUCUUCUUAAAAAGACUUCAGGUAUUAGGUAUUAUGCUGAUCCACGGUGGAGAGCUGUCCUGCUGUGCGUCCCAGUUGACCUGAGCUGCUGUGGGCAGUGCGCGAGUGUGUGAGCGCCGGAGCUCUGCGUCCAGUCCAGCUGUUCAUCAGCACCGCGCCACGGCCAUCACCGCAUCGCUCCCGAGAGAGACCUGGGAGAUGAACCUUCCAAUCCUGAGAGAAUGAGAUGUUUCACUCUGUGACAGUGCCCUUCACACCCCAUCAUAACCUGGUGGGACAUACUGGAAUAUAUUACCUGGGACAAGAGCAAAUCCCAUAGGAAACACAGCACAAAAUGUAUCUCACUCGGAGAAAGCGACUUCAGCUGACCCGGAUUAUCUUUCUCCUGGCUGGGGUUUUGCUUUGUUGUAUAUACCAACUAACCGUUAGAACCAGAUUACCAGGACCCUGGCCAGAAGCUCAGAUUGGAGAAAACUCUAACAUUGACCACAAAGAUGUUACUGAAGGACUGGUAGGGAAACCAGGAGUAACAGCCAAGCUGACCACUGCUGCUGUGGAAGAAGGUCUAUCAACUCAUACUGCACCUAAACCAGACACAACUGCAUCCACCACCCCUCUGAGAACAGAGAGAGCUGAAACAACAGUGUUACGCCCAGUGACCACCACAAAUAGGACAAUUGUCCGUUGCAUCUAUGUAGAGCCAGACCUUCCAAAGCCCACUCCAGUUCCUACACCAGCAUCUGAACCUACUCACCCUACACCCACAAUCCCCAUCUCUGGCCCUGCAGACCCUCCUCACAUAAAGGGUGAAUACCCUCAGGACAUCUUCUCCAUUGAAGAACGACGGCGAGGCUGGGUGACUCUGCACAUCUUUGGGAUGAUAUACAUGUUUGUUUCUUUGGCCAUUGUGUGCGAUGAGUUCUUUGUCCCUACUCUUGGCGUCAUCACUAAAAAAUUGGAGAUCUCAGAUGACGUUGCUGGAGCAACCUUCAUGGCAGCUGGAGGCUCUGCUCCUGAACUCUUCACCUCUUUGAUUGGUGUUUUUAUUUCACACAGCAACGUGGGAAUUGGAACUAUCGUAGGCUCAGCUGUAUUUAACAUCCUUUUUGUUAUAGGAAUGUGUGCUUUGUUCUCUCGGGAGAUGCUCUACCUCACCUGGUGGCCACUCUUCAGAGAUGUUUCCUUCUACAUCUUAGAUCUGAUUAUGCUCAUCAUCUUCUUCUUGGACAAUACCAUCAUGUGGUGGGAGAGCAUAAUGCUGGUGGCUGGUUAUGCAAUUUACGUCUACUUCAUGAAAUACAAUGUCCAGAUUGAGCAAGCAUUCAAGGCUCAGCUCCGCAGACACAAGAACAUCGUCAAAGUCAUCCCAGUAGAGGAGCCUGAGAAGGACAAUGGGACAACAGUUGAUGAUAAUUCCACUCCUGAACCUGAGGACAAGAAUCGUUUAAAGCUUAAGCCCACACUACAACGAGGGGGCAGUUCAGCAUCUUUGCAUAACAGCACCAUGAGGAACACCAUUUUCCAGCUCAUGAUUCACACACUGGAUCCUUUGGGUGAGGACUCAGUGGUAAAUGGGGGUACAAUGCCCAGCAGCUCUUUGGGAAGUAAAGUGAAGUUUAAAGAAAAGGCUCAGAUUUUGAACAGCAUGGCCAGGGGGAAAGUAGAGGGCAAAGAGAAGGAAAAAUCGGGCAAAGGUGAAGAUUGUAACACAGAGGACACUAAGGAAUCCAAAGAGCCAGCACCCGCACCAUCUAACAAGGCAGAUACCAAGGAAAAGCCAGAGGGACAGAAGGAGGAGAAGGAGGCAGCAGCAGCAGGAGAAGGAGGAGGCUCAGAGGGAUCAGAAGGCUCGGAUGACAGUGAUGAUGACAGUGAGGAAGACAGUGAUGAAGACAGUGAUGAUGAAGAUGAUGAUCAGGAAGAUGAUGAUGAAGAUGGAGAGGAAAAUGAAGAGCCUCUGUCCUUGGAGUGGCCAGACACCAGACGGAAACAAGCCACAUACCUAUUCCUUCUGCCCAUUGUCUUUCCUUUGUGGCUCACCGUACCGGAUGUCAGAAACCCAGAAUCCAAGAAGUACUUUGUCAUUACCUUCCUCGGUUCUAUAGUAUGGAUUGCUAUUUUCUCCUAUCUCAUGGUGUGGUGGGCACAUCAGGUGGGUGAAACCAUUGGCAUUUCCGAGGAGAUAAUGGGUCUCACCAUUCUGGCAGCUGGUACAUCCAUCCCUGACCUAAUCACCAGUGUGAUUGUAGCUCGCAAAGGCCUGGGAGACAUGGCUGUUUCCAGCUCUGUAGGCAGCAACAUAUUUGAUAUCACUGUGGGGUUGCCAGUGCCCUGGCUAUUGUUCUCGUUCGUCCAUGGGCUGGCACCUGUGGCUGUCAGCAGCAAUGGACUUUUCUGCGCUAUUGUGCUACUCUUCCUCAUGCUGCUCUUUGUCAUCAUCUCCAUUGCAGUUUGUAAGUGGAGGAUGAAUAAAAUGCUGGGUUCCACCAUGUUCAUGCUCUACUUUGUGUUCCUUGUGCUCAGUGUCAUGCUGGAGGACCGUAUUAUUGUCUGUCCAGUGUCAAUUUAAGCAACACCUUGACUCCAAACAUUCCAGUUUGAACCAGUCAUUUGUUCUGUUCGAUUUAACCCCUCCUAACCUCUAGAGGAGAUAGAACCUUGUGCAUGUGAGCAUGUGUGUGAAGACCUUUCAACAAGUGAUGUAUGAUGCAAUAUUUGCAACCAGUACUGUUGUAAUACAGACAUUUUCCCUUUUUUUCAUACCUCAACACGAGACAACAUGGAUACUAUAUUGUGUUAUCCAUUUUGCAGCUAGUGACUAUAGCGGGAACUACAGGGUUCCUGUCUUUUAAAGCUAAGGAGAGUCUUCUCUCAUGCCAUCUCUUCUGAUCUCUUCUGCCUUGGAUAGUGCAUAACUCCUGCCAUCUAGAUGACUAAUGAGCCAGUAGCCAUGUGCCACUAGUGUGAAUGAUUUUCCAUCAUUUUAAUUGAAACCAAACUCAAAAAGGCAACUGUGUGACAAAAUUCCUUAUUCCAAAUAUUGUGUCAUACAUCACUUUGUGACCUUUUGGUUAUCAGGGGUUCAUAGAACAAUAUGUAUGUAUGUUUUGUUCAACACUGCUGCAUUAGCCAUUUUUGUAACGCUGCUCUCUGGAAACACUAAAUAACUCUGAUACAUUCACAGUUGAGUCAUGAGUUUAUUUUCUCUCAGAAACAAGUAAGAUGACCAUAAUGAGCCACUGUGCAAUACACCACAUGGUGGCAUCUUAUGCAUUUUUAUAGUAGCCGGUUAAAUUCUUUCAGAUAGUCAGUAA